UAAAUAUCACUUCAUCUUUGUCAACGUAAAACAACCAAGUUUUAGUGUUAACAUUCAGCGACUGAAGUGUUCAUUCCAAGCACGUAUAUUACUGGUUUCACUCUACGUACUAACUGAAUCCAACGACAUGGAAGGUCAUCAAGGUGAGGGAGAUCACAACAAGGCAGCGACGGAGACAACGGAUCGUGGUAUGUUCGAUUUCAUGAAAAAGAAAGAUGAGGAGCAAGACAAUGAGAAGAAGGAAGAGAAGCCAACUCUCAUGGGAAAACUCCAUCGUUCAAAUAGCAGCUCCAGCUCAUCUAGUGAUGAAGAAGAGAUAGGAGAAGAUGGUGAGAAAAAGAAGAAGAAGAAGAAGAAAGGAUUGAAGGAAAAAAUCAAAGAAAAGAUUGGUGGUGACAAAGAAGCAACAGAGCAUAAAGAGGCAUCGAUCCCACCCGAGAAUGCAGAGGAAAAGAAAGGGAUUCUAGAUAAGAUAAAAGAAAAACUCCCUGGUCAGCAUAAGAAAGCCGAAGACGAUGGUGCCUAUGAUGGGCAUCCUACCGAAGGUGAGCCAAAGGAGAAAGGAUUCUUGGAGAAGAUCAAGGAAAAGAUUCCAGGGUGCCAUGGAAACAAGCCUGAAGAAGAUCAUAAGGCUACCAAAAAUUGAAGACUUAGACAAAUAAGCUGUAUCAUGGAUAUAUGCAAUAGUGCUUGCAUGUUUGAAUGUGUUUAUGAGCUACCUGCAAUUGUUUCUUAUGCUUUGGGAGUGUUUAUUUUGCUGCAUUAUUAGUCAUUUGAUGUUUCCUUAAGUUGUAGCGUUCACUGCUGUCAUUGUACUUCUCUUGGAAGACAGACACGUCAUGUUUUUCUUGCAUGAAUUGAAUAAAAUACGGAUUAGGGAA